CCCCUGACACAGGCUCUGCGCUAGCGGAUCCUCAGGGUCGCGCUCGGCUUCUGGCGAGCCCUGUUUUCCCUUCGCUUUCAGCCGUCCAUCCAUUCCAAGGUGAGGGAGAACCCGGUCCGAUCCGGGGCGAUUUUCGCGGAACCAUCUGUGGUCUGCCCGCCCGCCCUUGGUCGCAGUCUCUUGCUAAUUUCCAGGAAAGAUUGGUUGAUUGAAAUAAGACCGGACUUACUGAAUAAUCCCCCUAUGCCACUCCACCAUGUAACAGUACGCCGCUUCUUCAGUUCAGAGUUUGUUUCAGAAAAAAAAAUUAUUUCUUUUCAGUUAACUGGGACUCUGCUUUGGGUGCAAACUUGAUUUUUAUUUUUAUUUUCGACCAAGAGCAAAGAGCAUCAAUUACAAAUAGUGUAUCAAUAGUGUAUGUCUGCGUUUGUUAUCCUUAUCAAGUCUUGCUCUCCAUGUUAGAUCAGAAGUUUUCUCACAUGCUAUUUGUGGCUCCUUUAAUCCCCGGACUUAAAUUGUAUUCUCAUCUCUUUGGACAUUGAUCAAUAAAGUGAAUGUGUUUAGAUUUAGACUAAAAAAAUGGGUGAUUAAAUUGCUUAGAAGUUUUUUCACAGAAAAAAAUCUCAAAAGAUAACGCGCUCCAAUCACACGGGGUUGCUUUGACUGCCCGUGGACCAGGGCCCGCUCCAACCCGCCGCCGGCGGUGGCCAUCCCGACCGCCGGCGCCCACCUUGCUUCCCCCAACCCCCCUGAAUCCCUGACAUGAGCAAGCUCUGCGGCAGCGGAUCAUCAGGGUCGCGUCCGGCUACUGGAGAAAGGCCGUACUAAUCGCAUCAGCGCUGGGUGCUCGCCUCCAUUCAGCCGAAGGUACACGAGCUGAUCUCUUGUCCAGGCUCAACCGAAGCACAAGGGCUGACAAAACAGGAGGUGUGCCAGUGCCGGCCAUGGCAUCCUACUGCUGUUUUAGGAAACCAAGGACACGUUUGCCAAGCUUUACUGUGCCACGGUAUCGGUUGAUAACGCUCCAUGAUAUGCUUUGCCUGAUUCUUCGUCGAGAAGGCGAAGUGGUUGCCAUCGAGGGAACUGGUGGCUUGGGAAAGACAUGGGUGGCAAAAGCUGCGUUUGAAACCGCGAGGAACUCAAACCGCUUUGAUACCUAUAUCUGGGUUUCGUUGUCUACAAGUUGUAGUGUGAGACGGUGCAUUGAGAAGAUUGCCAUAGUUCUUUCGAUUGACAUUGGUGAGGAACUGUUAUCAUCAAGAAUCAGGGUGAUGAUCAAGGAGCAUCUCGUGAGACGGAAGUUCUUGUUGGUCCUCGACAACGCUUAUUUUGUUGAGGAAAACAUCUUACGGAUCUUGGGGAUUCCAUGUCCUCGAGAGCAGAGUUUAGGUUCAAAGGUCAUUGUGACCACAAGAACCGGGAGGACAGUGUCAGUCAUGGAUCCAGCUAUACUUAUAUCGCCACAACCUCUCACAGAUCAGGCCUCAUAUGACCUACUGCGCGAGAAGAUCGGCAGAGAUAUUGAUCUGGGGUUAGUUGACAACUGUUUUGGCAUGCCAUUGUCGAUUAUCUUACUGGCUGGGGCGCUGUGUGAUGUGCCUGAACAGAAGUCGAGCAAGUUAAUAAGUGAAGCUUAUGUGGCUCUAGGACCCAAGAUAUCAGUGUUCGCUACAAUGAUUCGCCUUGUAAAGCUUUGUUACCGCCGGCUUCCUAGCGAUACUGCCAGGCACUGCUUCCUGUACUGCCUACUCUUCCCUGACGAUGAAGCAAUUCCUGUCAAAGACCUGAUCAUUUUAUGGAAGCUAGAUGGUAUCAUUCAAGAAGCAAGACAUUCUCAUCAGGCUAACUGUUACGGUGAGGAAAUUCUUCAUGUGCUUUUAAAGCAUGGUUUGAUUCAUUUUGAGGGUGACCAUCAUAUCCGCAUGCAUGAUGUCAUCAGAGAGACGGUAUCACAACUUGGACGCGACAAUGGCUAUGUGGAGCAGCCUGAAAAGUACUUUGACAAUGACAUUCCAUUUGAGUAUCUUCUUGCCAAGUUCGGCAGAAGGAUUUCCUUGAUGAACAACACAGUGAAGGAACAACUCCGUGCAAGUCCAAGCCAUGAGUUCUUUUCAACUUGGACGCUACUUUUAAGAGGGAACCGCCGUAUGAGAACCAUAUCAGAAAUAUUUUUCUGCCGUCUGGGAAUGCUGAGAGUGCUAGACCUGUCCUUCACUGCAAUCAGAAUCCUGCCACAGUCCAUUUCUGGUCUUUAUUACCUCCGGUUGCUGCUACUGGUUGGAUGUGAAUACCUGGAGGAAAUUCAGCACAUAGGCUCGCUGGGGAUGCUGGAGGCACUGAGUGCAUCAGGUUGUGGCUCCCUAAAAAGGGUAGAAUGCGGAUCAUUUGACCGUAUGAGGUUGCUCGAGAUCCUCGACCUUUCGGGAACCUCUAUCGAAUGCUUGCCAUCCCUGGCUGCGUGCAUGGCACUUAACCAACUUGCGCUACAAGAUUGCGCAUUUCUCAAGUCUGAGCAAACUAUGGAAACAGACCACAAGUCCUAUGAUACAGAAUUUAUCAGGUUCCCUUAUGGAGUUUCAAAGACAGGUGCUGUCAGUAACCUACAGAUAGGGACAAGUAAGGAUCUGGUGAAUUGGAUGGCCAUGCUUUGGUUACCUUGUGGACUGACUUUUGAAUUUUCUGACAGAUUUGGUAUGCGGGUCUCUCAAGAUGUAAACCAGGACAGAAAAACAUACAUUUAUGCAAGCCAUGCCAAGUUCGUUCAGUCUUUGGAUAAAGACUCUCCACUGUGGUCAAACUGCCUUCAGAAGUUUCACAUAGUUAUCUCCCCUUUAAAGUACGAUGAAACCAUGAACAAUGGCUUUGGAGUAUGGAGGACAAAAUUCUCUGCGGUGGAUGCGCAGUCCUGUGAUUUCAAUAGGGUUUUGGAGAUAAACUGUGUCAGCAAUCCUGAUGAUCUCAAAGGGAUUCUUAGACACGCUGAGCUAAUAUCAUCAAAAAGUAUAACACUGACAAAUCUGGUAUGGACCCUGAAUACCGGAAGAGUGACAGCGGCACAAGAACUUUGGGUAGAGGACUGUCACCAACUGGAGAAUAUUUUCUUACUGGAAGAAGUGGCUACAAUGGUCAAAUUGCAGAAUAUAUGGAUCUCUAACAUGGACAAUUUAGCAUACUUCUGCCAAGGGAUGGAAGCUUUGACUAGUUUCAGUUGUCUGAUGCACUUGCUCCUCGAUUGCUGUCCAAAACUGAACUUCCUCUUUCCUUCAUCCCUGCGCCUGCCAAAUCUUCGUAGCCUACAAAUAAGGUUCUGUGACAACUUGGAGAGAGUGUUCGACAAAUCGGUCUCCGCGGAACAGGCUCUUCCACGGUUACAGUCGCUGCAGCUGUGGGAGCUUCCAGAGCUUAGCUGCAUCUGCAGAGGGGUCCUGCCGUCUCUCAAGGACUUGAAGGUGAAGGGCUGUGGGAAACUGAAGGGAGUCCCCAUCGGUGUCACCGAAAAUAACCCGUUCUUCGCAACGAUAAUAGGAGAAACGCAAUGGUGGAACGAUUUAGUCUGGGAUGAUGAAAGUAUCAAGCGCUGGAUACUGUUUAGGAACUGGGGCCCCUUGCUACCGCAUUUUGCAACUGAAGGAUGAACCUUCCAGGCUUUUUUUUCCGUGUCGGCGGUGAUGCCUCGCAAGGUGCUUAGAGUUGCUUUUGAGGUGUUGGCUGUGGUCUGUCGGGUAAGCUCGUGACAGGAGGUGUGGUGCUUAGCAUUUGGCGCCAGCGGCUCUUGAUAUCGCGACAUGACAUCGAAGGUGUGAUGCCCUUCGGCGGCAUUGUGGCACUCCUCGACGUGCAACAUACUUGAGGUCGUCCCCAGGGUACAUGCUGGGCAAGCGGGCCGGUUUGUGCUCCCUGCUUUAUCUUGGCUCAGAAAUUUCAGAGAGGAUCUUACUCUGGUUAUCCAUAGAGUACAAAGCACUCGAAUAACUUCAAAGGUUGGAUACAACAUAAUUUAUAACACCUCCUGUACUCUCUGCAUACCUGUAAAUAUUCCCUAUGUACAUAUUUUUUUAAUUUAUAAAACUUAACACUA